AACUCUCUAGCAACCACCAGCCAUGUCGCAGACUGACCCACGACCUCUCAUUACAAUACCAGGCUGCAUUGCAGCUCACGUACUCGGUGCUUCGAACAACGAGAUCGGCAGCGGCGACCUUAGUCUCGUCCCGCCUCCAUCGGGAAGCGGACAAGCCAGCACAAAGCGGCACGUCCUGACGCUAACCAUAGGCAAGGCUGCCUUUCCGCUGUACAACUCGACUAAGUUUGGCACGGUCGCUGGCGAUGAUCGAUUGUAUGUCUUCCAGCCAGAGUUAGGCGAAGACAUCAAAGGGUAUGUAGUAGUGUGGCACGCGUCUUGUGAUGCCUACUCACGCGGUAUGCGUUCUUAGAUACGUCAGGCUGACUAUGCCCGACGGGGUCAGGAAAGCUCACUCCGAGUUUCAAAUGCUACAAGCGCAGUUCGAGUUGAUCUUGAUCAACCAUAACCUACUCAAGCCUGGCGAACGGCCGAAUGAACGGACGGUCACAAUACCCAACGUCACUAUUACCCACGUCGUCGGAGAUACAAACUCCGGACUUGCGUAUGGUGACUUGACCCUCAUGACCGCCAGUGUACUCGACACGAAGCCGGAGAACGAUUCGCUUGCGGUUCUAACACUGUCCAUCGGAAACAUGACCUUCUCGCUGCAUCGGAAGACGGUCUUUGGUACUGUGACUGAGAAUGAUCGAACCUACGUCUUCAAUCCAGAGAUUGGCGAGGGACAGGGCGAAAGUGUCGUGGAUGGGUUCGUGUCUGUUUACUCAGUUUCUGAAGCAUGCGCUUAUGCUACUUUCAGAUACGUCAAGGUUGUUCUCCCGGAGGAAGUCACUUCGAAUCAGCAGCUGCGAGAAUUGCAGGAGCAGUUUGAGCAGAUCCUGAUCGACUACGGUCUGUUGAAAGAGGGCGUCGAAGCCAUCGGUGACGAACUCGGGCGAAGUGCACACGAAGAUGCCACCAACGCUGCGGACUUGAUCCGCGCAACCACGAAAGAGUGUGUGCAUCUGUACUGCCUGCAACCUGUUUGCACUGACAUGCGAACAGUUUCCUCGCAGAGACUUCAGCCACGGGGGAUCCGGCCGCGUUCUCUUCGACGACACAUAGCACCGCGGAUGGUGCCGCAUCCGCCACCCGCACGCUCUAUUCCGCAGCUCAGACUGUCUCGUCCAGUGUCUCUUCUGCUGCAACCUCCGCCAGCGCGUGGCUCUCGUCGCAACUCGGGCCCGCGUCGCCAAGUACGGCGGAGUCGGUGAACGCCAUCGGGAACGCGUACGAUGCUGCCGCGAGCGGAAUCAGCGCUGGCACCUCAGAGGUGAAGAGUGCGGCCACCGAGGCUGGGGGAGACGUUGUCGAGCACGAGUUUGGGAAGGAGGCGAGGCAGCUUGGCGGUCAAGUGACUGAGAGCGCAGGUAAUGCCACUGCGACUUUCGGGAAGGUGGCAAAGGUCGGCACCGGUGCAACCGUCGUCGUCGCCGGUAUCAAAGGUGCUGUCGCAGAGGAGAACAAGAAACAGCAGGAAAUGGACGUUUUCAAGAUCCACGAGGGGAAAGAGAGUGGAGAAUGGAACGACGUACCUGUGUGAUCACCCCGCGACGCUUCUUUGCUGCAUCUCUCACAUGGUACCUCGACUCGUGUCGCUCAGGAGCGGGAUUAGAACGGACAACUCGGACUGAAUGUACAGUAUUGUCGAAAUGUCUACAUAAUUGUCUGGAUUCUGGAAGGGGGUCCUACCAAGCUUAUUUAACUCG